AUUCCACUCGGCCAUUUUGGUAAAAUUUCGACGGCAUAUAGAGGCAGGCCGACGAAUUUAACAAGUUUUCUGCUUCAGACCAACAUUUUUGUUGCGAAUUUAUUAAAAAAUAGUAAUUUGAAGUGUUAGUUGUGAAAAAGAAGAUAAAAUAAUAAUGGCUCGCUAUACUCAACGUCCAGAAAAUGCUCUUAAAAGAGCAAAUGAGUUCAUCGAAGUUGGAAAGCCGUUGCGGGCUUUGGAUACUCUUCAGGAGGUCUUCCGUAACAAACGGUGGAAUUAUGCCUACUCGGAGACCAUAAUUGAACCCCUUAUGUUUAAAUAUUUAUAUUUAUGUGUGGAAUUAAAGAAAUCGCACAUCGCCAAGGAGGGACUUUUCCAAUAUCGCAACAUGUUCCAGCUCGUGAAUGUGAAUUCUUUGGAAAAUGUUAUCCGUGGAUACUUGCGUAUGGCUGAAGAACAUACUGAAGCUGCACAGGCUCAAUCGUCGGCUGCAGUUGCUGUUUUGGAAUUAGAUGACCUGGACAACAUAGCUACUCCGGAAAGCAUUUUAAUGAGCGCUGUUUGUGGAGAAGAUGCCCAAGAUCGUUCUGAUCGUACAAUUCUAUUGCCAUGGGUAAAAUUUCUGUGGGAGUCAUACUGCCAGUGUUUAGAAUUAUUGCGUGUCAAUACGCACUGUGAAGGGUUAUAUCACGACAUUGCUCGUAUGGCGUUUCAGUUUUGCCUGAAGUAUAAUCGAAAGAGUGAGUUCCGUCGUUUAUGUGAUAAAUUACGAAAGCAUUUAGAAGAUAUUUGCAAGAGUACUACCCAAACUACUGGUGUGUCAAUUACUAAGCUUGAAACGCAGCAACUAUGUUUGGACACUAGGCUUUAUCAGUUAGACUCAGCCAUUCAAAUGGAAUUAUGGCAAGAGGCUUAUAAGGCUAUUGAAGAUAUACACGGUUUAAUGGCUUUGUCGAAGAAAACUCCGGUUCCAAAAACUAUGGCAAACUAUUAUCAAAAAUUAGCGAUGGUUUUCUCCAAGGCUGGAAAUCAACUUUUUCAUGCUGCAGCGCUUCUGAAGUUGUUUCAAUUAACACGUGAACUAAAGAAAAAUUUAACGAAAGACGAUAUGCAGCGAAUGGCCUCUCAUGUUCUUAUUGCUACCCUGUCAAUACCGCUGCCAUCAGCACAUCCUGAAUUCGACCGUUUUAUUGAAGCCGAUAAGAGCCCACUUGAAAAGGCUCAAAAAUUAGCAGUAUUACUGGGUUUGCAACAACCCCCCACAAGGGCAUCGUUGAUUAAAGAAGUUGUUCGACUCAAUGUACCGCAAUUAGCUUCAGAAGAAUUUAGAAAUUUAUAUAACUGGCUUGAAGUUGACUUCAAUCCAUUGAAUUUAUGCAAGCGGGUACAAACAAUUAUUGACGUAAUAGAAAGCGUUCCUCCAGAGAACAAUUUGCUCGCCCCCUAUAUUAAAUCUCUAAAAGAUCUUACAAUCAUGCGGUUGAUAAGACAAAUUUCACAGGUCUACCAGAGUAUUGAAUUUAGUAGAUUGCUACAGCUAGCAUCCUUUUGCAAUAUUUUUGAGCUCGAAAAGUUGUUGGUAGAUUCUGUACGUCAUAAUGACAUGCAAAUUCGCAUUGACCACCAAAUGCGAUGCAUUUACUUUGGUACUGAUCUAACCGAGAGCCAAAGGGAAGAUCAUCCCGAUGGUCCAACUCUGCAAUCAAUGCCUUCUGAACAAAUUCGUUCUCAAUUGGUUAAUAUGGCGACUGUUUUGAAUCGUGCUGUAUCAGUUGUUUACCCCAAUCGGGAGAAAGAUCAACGUGCAAAGUUACGUGCUCAGAUGGUGUAUCACUAUCACGAAAUUAAAGAUCGUGAACAUCAGCGUAUUUUGCAGCGUCAAAAGAUCAUUGAAGAUCGUAAGGAAUUCAUUGAAAAACAGAAUAAUGCUCGGGAAGAGGAAGAAGCCCGACGUUUGGAAGAAGAGUCACGCAAAGCAAAACUGGCCGAACAAAAACGUUUGGAACAAGAAAAUGAAGAACGAGAACGAAAACGACACCAGAAUGAAAUUGAAGCUAUAAAAGUUAAGAGCUUAAAGGAUAAAAUGCAACAAAUUUCUCAAACAGCUCACGGCAAAAAGAUGCUUUCUAAAUUGGAUGAAGAAAGUAUUAAAAAGUUGGAUGCAGAGCAAAUUGCAGCCCGAGAAUCUGAAGAACUACAACGUGAACGCAAGGAAUUGCAAUCUAAACUGAAAUCUCAGGAGAAAAAGGUCGAUUACUAUGAGCGUGCCAAGCGCAUUGAGGAAAUCCCACUCUUCGAGAAGUAUUUAGCAGAAAAACAAGUUAAAGAUAAGGAGUUUUGGGAGGCACAAGAACAUACACGCAUCGAAAAUGCCAUUGCUGAACGUAAAGACGCCGUUGCGCAGCAAGAGAGGUUGAAGCGUAUGUAUGCCGAUCGCGACGUAUUUCUAGAAGCACUUAAAAAAGAACGUGCUUCCUUAUAUGUUGAAAAAUUGAAGAAGUUUGAAGUGGCAUUGGCCGAGGAACGUAAACGCUUGCUAGCACAUCGCGCGGAGAUGCGUAGACAAGAACGUCGUCGUCAGUUUCUGCGUGAGAAGGAAGAAGAACGCUUGCGCAAAGAAGAAGAGAUUCGUCGAGCAAAAGAGGAAGAAGAACGUGUUAUUGCAGAAGCGUUGCGCAAAGAGCGAGAAGCUGAAGAGGAGAAGCGCCGCAUUCAGUAUGAAAAGCAGCGAGCUAAAGAAGAGGAAGCCGAUCGCCGCAUUCAGGAAGAGCGCGAACGUUUAUCUCGCGAAUUUACUUCAGAGCGUGAUCAAAACCGGGAUAAGGGCGGUGAAAAAGAUCGUGAUCAAUGGCGUAUGCGCGGUGAACGCGAUCGUAGCGAUCGUGUUGAGCGUAGUGAUCGUGGUAAUGCAUCUAACUCGGAAUGGCGUCGUGAACAACGACCCGAACGUGGGGAACGCUUGGAACGUGGUGAACGUAUAGAACGGGGAGAUCGUCCUGAGCGUGGAGAUCGUCCUGAGCGUGGAGAUCGUCCUGAGCGUGGAGAUCGUCCUGAGCGUGGAGAU